AUGGCGAGUUUCGAAGAUUACUAUUGCAGCACUUUGGAUAGCAUAUUCCCUCCCGUGAUACAAAGUUGGGUGCUCUGUUUCCCGUGCGAUACAAGCAAAAAACAUAUCAUUUCCAACAUUCUGCAGACCGGUUUUGCGCAAACCAUCCACCAAAAACCAUACCUCGCUGGUCGACUGAGCAGAGAAGAUACCGGUCCAAGAGCUGGCAGACUCAAGCUUACUUACUAUUACCCAAAUGAAAACAAGCCCGUCGUGGACACGCAGCUUUUUUGGGUAAACGACCUGACAGAAAGACAGGACGUUUGGCAUCUUUCAUAUGAAGAGCUGCGCAGACAAGAGAUGCCCGUCGUCCAGCUUAAGCCUGAGAUACUCGAACCUCCCCUUGGGUACGAAAAGUUGGCGUCAUUGCUGAUCGCCGCCCAGGUCAAUUUCAUUCCUGGUGGAUGUCUACUCAGCAUCUGUCUCAAUCAUGCGUUCUUCGACGGCGCUGGUGGGGCCAUGGUCGUGGGCGCCUGGGCCCAGAAUUGCAAAGAGCUCCAGCAGCAGCAUACAGAAUUGACCGCAGUUUCAGAAGCUGAACAAUGGGAGAAGAUGCCUCUGGUUCAUUGGAACCAGUGCGAAAACGCGACAGCCUUCCUAUCGCUUCGCCUCCCUGAUAUACUGCAGGACAGCACAGCUCCUGAAGAUGGAGAAGCAAAGAGGAUUCUGCAGGAUCGCUCGCUGUGGCAGCUUCUUGGGCUUCAAAAGCCUCCCACAGACCCUCCUACCGCGUCACGGGGCUUACCACCUUCGAGUAGUAAGAUUAUGGUCUCUGCGAUCUUCACUGCUUCCGAAAGAUCGAUCGCCCGUCUCAAGGCAGCCUCGAGCCCAUACGAUGGCGAUGAAGGAGCUGCGCCUUAUGUAUCUUCCUUUGAUGCCACAGCUGCAUUGCUCUGGAGGUGCAUCAUGAGGGCGAGGCUCUCGGACAUUAGGGAAUCGGACAAGACACGUUGUUCACGUCUUCGCAUCCCGGUGAAUCUGCGACAGACGCUGGAAAUUUCCCAUGACUACCCUGGAAAUGUGCUCCUAAACAGUGUCACCGAGAUGCCGAUCGAAUCUCUCGUUGCAGAAGCUAAUGGACGCCGGGUCGCACCCAAGAUUCGCUCGUCGCUGCUCUUUAGCAGAGACGCUGGACGCGCGCUGGACGCUAUCAAGCUCUCCUUCGUUCUUCCUGAGUUCGGAUCCCGUCGUCCGCUCUUUUCGGACACGACACGACAGGACCUGGUUCUGACUUCGUGGCAAGACUUGCCGUAUUACAAGCAUGAUUGGGGUCCCAUGUUUGGAUCUCCCGGCACGGCAGAGUUCUUCCGGAUCCCUCACGGCUACCUCAGAGGCAUAUGCGCGUUGCAGCCCAGACGGAUCGAUAAUAAUGCGGUCGAGGUUCUGGUCAAUUUGGAGAAGGGCCAGAUGGACAAGCUGAUCAACGAUGGUGAGUUCACAAGGUACUUUGAACUCAAGGCUCUAUAG